AGCCGGAAGUCCUCCGCGAAAGGCUGCGGCAGCUUCAACGUCUGUGGACAGCCAUCGGCUCCAGCUGGCAGCCAGUAUGGGAGAGCGUGCGGCGCUGGAGGAGCUGGUGCGACUUCAAGGAGAGCUCGUGCGGAGCCUCAAGCAGCAGAAGGCCGGCGCCGAGCAGGUCGAAGAGGAGGUGGCAAAACUACUGAAACUGAAGGCACAGCUGGGUCCUGAUGAAGGGAAACAGAAGUUCGUGCUCAAAACCCCCAAGGGCACACGAGAUUAUAGUCCCCGGCAGAUGGCAGUCCGGGAGAAGGUAUUUGAUGUCAUCAUCCGCUGCUUCAAGCGCCAUGGUGCAGAAGUCAUCGAUACCCCUGUGUUUGAACUAAAGGAAACACUGACAGGAAAGUAUGGGGAAGACUCUAAGCUGAUCUACGACCUGAAGGAUCAGGGUGGGGAGCUGCUGUCCCUACGCUAUGACCUCACUGUUCCUUUUGCUCGAUAUUUGGCCAUGAAUAAACUGACCAACAUUAAACGCUACCACAUAGCAAAAGUCUAUCGGCGGGAUAACCCAGCUAUGACCCGAGGCCGCUAUCGUGAAUUCUACCAAUGUGACUUUGACAUCGCUGGGCAGUUCGACCCCAUGAUCCCCGACGCAGAGUGCCUGAAGAUCAUGUGUGAGAUCCUGAGUUCACUUCAGAUCGGUGACUUCUUGGUCAAGGUGAAUGACCGGCGCAUCCUAGAUGGCAUGUUUGCCGUGUGUGGGGUUCCCGAUAGCAAGUUCCGUACCAUCUGCUCUUCGGUGGACAAGCUGGACAAGGUAUCAUGGGAGGAAGUAAAGAAUGAGAUGGUGGGAGAGAAGGGCCUCGCACCCGACGUAGCCGACCGCAUCGGGGACUAUGUCCAGCAGCACGGUGGGGUCUCCCUGGUGGAACAGUUGCUCCAGGAUCCUAAACUCUCCCAAAACAAGCAGGCCUUGGAGGGCCUGGGGGACCUGAAGCUGCUGUUUGAGUACCUGACCCUAUUUGGCAUCGCAGACAAGAUCUCCUUUGACCUGAGCCUUGCUCGGGGGCUGGACUACUAUACUGGGGUGAUCUAUGAAGCGGUUCUGCUACAGACCCCUGCCCAGGCAGGAGAAGAAUCCUUGGGUGUGGGCAGUGUGGCCGCUGGAGGACGCUAUGAUGGACUGGUGGGCAUGUUUGAUCCCAAAGGGCGCAAAGUGCCCUGCGUGGGACUCAGCAUUGGGGUGGAGCGGAUCUUCUCCAUCGUGGAGCAGAGGCUGGAGGCUUUGGAGGAGAAGGUUCGGACCACAGAGACACAGGUGCUUGUGGCAUCGGCACAGAAGAAACUGCUGGAGGAGAGACUGAAGCUCGUCACAGAGCUGUGGGAUGCCGGGAUCAAGGCAGAGCUACUGUACAAAAAGAACCCGAAGUUACUAAACCAGCUGCAGUACUGCGAGGAAACGGGCAUCCCACUGGUGGCCAUCAUCGGGGAGCAGGAGCUCAAGGAUGGCGUCAUCAAGCUUCGUUCAGUGGCAAGCAGAGAAGAGGUGGACAUCCGAAGGGAAGACCUUGUGGAGGAAAUCAAAAGGAGAACAAGUCAGCCUCUCUGCAUCUGCUGAACUGAGCAAACUGGAAAGUGGGACUGGCACUGUUGGAGACUAAGAUAAAACUGCGUAUAUCUUCAACAGCUUUGCAUAUUCCUGUUCCAGCAGGAAGACCUGAAGAGUAAACAGAGACUUUUUAUUUUUAUUAUGAUUAUCUUAAUGGUAAUUAUUGGCAAAAAUGGCCAGGCACUGCACUAUUUUACGUAGAAGGCCUUGCAGGCUUAUUAAUACACUCUGUUCUCCCAGGCCACAGGGCCCGGACCUAAGAUGGACUCGUCUGCAGGGCCCCCAAAACAAGAAGGAACGUACCCCACAAACAAUUGCGGAAGGUCCAAUAAAAUGCCUCAACCAC